AAAGAAGCUGUAUAGAGCAAGCAGCGCUGGUGCUGUCCCCUCUGCAAUCCCCAUUACAUCCCAUUCCUGCUCUUCCCAUCUCCACGUUUUGCAUUCCAGCCUUUUCACUUUCUGUGGAUCAAUGGGUGAACACAUUUGAUUCUUAGCUCACAUACACUGCUGCUGGAUUGCUCUAGUAACAAGUGAGCUCUUUAAAGCCCCUGUCUUUUUCUCCUCUCCCAAGAAAAGAGAAAUCAUUAAUCUCUGCCUUGUCUUUUAUUUAUUAAUUUUUUAAAAAAACAAAAAAAACCUUUUUACCCACAUUGUUUUUUAUUUUUAUCCUGCACUGGGGACAUGGGACUCUGCUACAGAUUUAUUUUGUGCACCUGGAUCUAAUUCUGGAGGAUUUAUCUUUGGAUGAUUUUCACUGGGACCUUCAGCCCUGCACCCUACAAGCUUUCCCCGACUUGUUUUUGAGGGGGGGUUACUCAGGGCUGAUGCUGAACGGGACUAAAAUUAACUUUGUUUGCUUGAAGCCACCAAGGAACCAGGAAUAUUUAAGGCAAUCAGGGUUGAGUGUGCGUGCAUGAGUGUGCUUGGGAAUUGGGACAGAAAUCGGGAGGUGUUUGCUGAAAUAUGGAGAAUUGUCUUGGAUUUUAUUCACUACCAAAGCUGGUGCUUCUUCUGUAUGGAUUGACUCUGCUCAGCCUAAAUCUCCCGGUAUCUGGUUCACAGGUCAACAGUUUUACAUCGUUAUGGUUCCUGUCUGAACCAUCAGAUGUCGUUACCAUGCGUGGAGGCAAUAUUGUUCUUAACUGCUCAGCACAAUCUGAUCGGGGACCACCAAUAAUCAAGUGGAAGAAGGAUGGAGUUUAUCUGAAUUUGGCAAUAGAUGAAAGAAGACAGCAACUCCCCACUGGGUCUCUCCUAAUACAGAAUGUGGUCCACUCCAGGCACCACAGACCGGAUGAGGGUGUUUACCAGUGUGAAGCUUCCUUAGAUGGUGUUGGAACAAUAGUCAGUCGGACAGCUAAAGCAAUAGUUGCAGGUCCACUGAGAAUUCUCUCCCAGACGGAGUCUGUCACAUCAUUUGUGGGAGACACGGCAUUGUUACGGUGUGAAAUUGUGGGGGAGCCCAUGCCCACCAUAUCUUGGCAGAAAAACGAAGAGGAUCUUAAAGUAACACCCGGGGACCCCCGUCUGCUUGUGCUCCCCUCGGGGACGUUACAGAUUAGCAGACUUCAAACAGCAGAUGGUGGGGUUUAUAGAUGUUUGGCGAAAAAUCCUGGCAGUUCCAGAGUAGGAAAUGAUGCUGAACUCCGCAUUCUGUCAGAAUCGGGGCUACACCGACAGCAAGUCUUUAUUCAGCGGCCGUCCAAUGUUGUUGCUAUCGAAGGACAAGAUACGGUUCUGGAAUGUGCUGUUUCUGGGUAUCCAACUCCAACCAUCGUAUGGAUGCAGGAAGAUGAACCUGUUCCAAUCAGGACAAGGAAAUACUCUGUGCUGGGAGGCAGCAAUCUACUCAUUUCCAAUGUAACAGAUGACGACGCGGGGACGUACACGUGUGUGGCUACCUACAAGAAUGAAAACACCAGUUUUUCUGCAGAUCUCACUGUUAUGGUGCCGCCGCGGUUUUUAAAUCACCCUGCAAACCUUUAUGCCUAUGAGAGCAUGGAUAUUGAGCUUGAAUGUGCUGUUUCGGGAAAGCCUCUGCCUACAGUCAAGUGGACCAAAAAUGGUGAAGUGGUCAUUCCCAGUGACUACUUUCAGAUUGUGGGUGGCAGUAACCUAAGGAUUCUGGGACUGGUGAAGUCAGAUGAAGGCUAUUACCAAUGUAUAGCUGAAAACGAGGCUGGGAAUAUCCAAACCUAUGCACAGCUUAUCAUUCCCGAUCCUGCUGUCCCCAGUUCCAGCGUUCUCCCCUCUGCUCCCCGAGAUGUGGUCCCUGUCUUGGUUUCCAGUCGAUUUGUUCGUCUUAGCUGGCGGCCGCCUGUCGAGUCCAAAGGGAAUAUAGAGACCUACACUGUCUUCUUCUCCAAGCAAGGAGCACAAAGGGAACGGGCUGUGAAUACUUCACAACCUGUAUCACUGCAGCUAACUGUGGGCAAUCUAACACCAGAGGAGACCUACAAUUUUCGAGUGGUGGCCUAUAAUGAAUGGGGUCCUGGAGAAAGUUCCCAACAGAUCCAAGUUGUGACCCAACCUGAACUGCAAGUUCCAGGACCUGUAGAAAAUCUUCAAGUUGUCUCUACCGCACCUACCUCAGUCUUGAUUUCCUGGGAACCUCCUGCUUAUGCAAAUGGUCCUGUUCAAGGAUACAGAUUGUUUUGUAGAGAAACUUUUUCAGGGAGAGAACAGAAUAUUGAAGUGGAUGGAAUAGUAUACAGACUUGAAGGACUUCGAAAGUUUACAGAGUACUGUAUACGAGUCUUGGCCUACAAUCGAUACGGGCCUGGAGUAUCUUCUGAAGAACAUGCAGUUGUCACCCUUUCUGAUGUGCCCAGUGCCAUGCCACAGAAUGUCUCCUUGGAAGUCGUUAACUCCAGGAGUAUAAAAGUGAGCUGGUUACCUCCUCCAUCAGGAACACAAAAUGGAUUCAUUACGGGCUACAAGAUUCGGCAUAGAAAGACAACCCGGAGGGGGGAACUUGAAACACUAGAACCAAAUAACCUCUGGUAUCUCUUCACAGGGCUUGAAAAAGGCAGCCAAUACAGUUUUCAAGUGGCCGCUAUGACUGUAAAUGGAACUGGACCCUCCUCAGACUGGUACACAGCAGAAACACCAGAGAAUGAUCUUGAUGAAUCCCAGGUACCAGACCAGCCCAGUUCUCUUCAUGUAAGACCAUUAACAACCAGUAUCAUUAUGAGUUGGACUCCACCGCUGAACCCCAACAUUGUAGUGAGAGGCUACAUUAUCGGCUAUGGAGUUGGAAGCCCAUAUGCAGAAACCAUCAGAGUGGACAGCAAACAGCGAUAUUAUUCAAUUGAAAAUUUAGAGCCAAGCUCCCAUUAUGUCAUUUCACUAAAAGCUUUUAAUAACGUUGGAGAAGGGGUCCCUCUCUAUGAAAGUGCCACCACUCGAUCACAAACAGACCCCAUUGACCCAUUAGAAAUUGAGUUUUACCCUUUUAUUGAUGAUCUCCCUACCUCAGUCCCAGAUAUGUCCACCCCCAUGCUCCCACCAGUAGGUGUCCAGGCGGUUGCACUUACGCAUGAUGCUGUGAGAGUCAGUUGGGCGGACAACUCUGUCCUUAAGAACCAAAAGAUGACUGAAGUGCGCUUCUAUACCAUACGCUGGAGAACGAGCUACUCAGCCAGCUCAAAAUAUAAGUCUGCUGACACAACAUCUCUAAGUCAUACUGUAACGGGCUUGAAGCCAAAUGCCAUGUAUGAAUUUUCAGUAAUGGUCACAAAGGGUAGACGCUCAAGCACUUGGAGUAUGACAGCUCAUGCCACCACUUAUGAGACAGCUCCAACAUCUGCCCCGAAGGACUUGACAGUUAUCACAAGGGAAAGGAAGCCUCGAGCUGUUAUUGUGAGCUGGCAGCCUCCAAUCGAAGCCAACGGCAAAAUUAUUGAUUACAUACUUUUCUACUCUUUGGACAAGAACUUGCAGCUAGAUGACUGGGUCAUGGUGACAAUAACUGGUGAUAGAUUAACUCAUGAAAUAUUGGAUCUGAACCUAGAUACUGCCUACUACUUUAGAAUCCAAGCACGCAAUGCCAAAGGAUUGGGACCUCUGUCUGAUCCAAUUACUUUUAGGACGCCUAAAGUGGAACACCCUGACAAAAUGGCUAAUGACCAAGGUCGUCAUGGAGAUGGAGGGUACUGGUCAGUAGAUACAAACCUGAUCGACAGGAGCAGCCUCAAUGAGCCUCCAAUAGGACAAAUGCACCCACCACAUGGUAGUGUUACCCCACAGAAAAACAGCAACUUGUUAGUCAUUAUUGUGGUGACAGUUGGCGCUAUUACGAUUCUGGUGGUGGUAAUUGUAGCGGUGAUUUGUACACGGAGAUCUUCAGCCCAGCAGAGGAAAAAACGUGCCACGCACAGCGCUGGCAAGCGAAAAGGCAGCCAAAAAGAUCUGCGGCCGCCUGACCUUUGGAUCCACCAUGAGGAAAUGGAAAUGAAGAACAUUGAAAAGCCAUCUGGAUCGGACACGCAAGGAAGGGACUCCCCAAGGCAAAGCUGUCAAGAUAUAACUCCUGUUAGCCACAGUCAAUCAGAAUCACAGCUGGGCAGCAAAAGCACAUCGCAUUCUGGCCAAGAUACAGAUGAGGUUGGAAGCAACAUAUCAACACUGGAGAGAACUCUUGCUGCCCGCCGAGCCACAAGGGCCAAACUCAUGAUUCCGAUGGACUCACAGACCAGUAACAGUAACCCUCCUGUUGUGAGUGCCAUUCCUGUGCCAACCCUAGAAAGUGCCCAGUAUCCUGGCAUCCUUCCAUCACCAACAUGUGGCUACCCACACCCACAGUUUACUCUACGACCGGUACCCUUCCCUACACUUUCCGUGGACAGGGGAUUUGGAACUUCUAGAGCAGUGACUGAGGUCCCGGCUUCACAACAGCCAUCAAUGCUGUCACACCAUCAACAAGAACAUUCCACUAGUGAAGAUGCUCCAAGCAGAACAAUCCCUACUGCCUGUGUUCGGCCAACGCACCCUCUCCGAAGCUUUGCAAAUCCCUUGUUACCGCCGCCAAUGACUGCAAUGGAACCUAAAAUUCCUUACACGACACUGUUGUCUCAAACAGGGUCAAGCCUUCCUAAGGCACAAGUGAAGACGGCAUCAUUGGGUCUGGCAGGUAAAGCAAGGUCUCCGCUACUCCCUGUAUCUGUUCCAACAGCGCCAGAUGUUUCAGAAGAAAGCCACAAACACACAGAUGAUCCCUCCAGUGUAUAUGAACAGGAUGAUUUAAGUGAACAAAUGGCCAGCUUGGAGGGGUUGAUGAAGCAGCUAAAUGCCAUCACGGGAUCAGCGUUUUAACUGUGGCUGAAGAAAAACAUCAACCAUUUUGCUGUCAGAAGCAAUUGUUGCACACUGGGAAACUGUGUGUCACAUGCAAUUUCUGUCAGCAAAAGGAUUUUUUUUUAAAAAAAAAUACCCAGGAAAACUGCAGCAUACCAGUGUUUUAUAUCUCACUCAUGGAUACAUCUACAUUGACCCACCAAAAACCCUUUUAUGCCAUUGAUUUUACACAAGAAACAUUUUGGAUGAAGCAGAAGAAAGAUUUAGUUCCUUCGAGGAAUUGGAAUAUGGAUUUUGUGGAUGGAAAGAAAGUGAAAAGAAACGAAUCCCAUUCUCUUACAAGAUCAGAAAACCUCUUCGAAGCUUCCAUCUCAUUAUGUUCCACACCAGAUGGAAUAUGAAGCCUCAACAUCACAAAUGUUUCAUUUUCUUCAUCAUAAAUCACCAGGCAAUGCUUUCCAAUUAAAGCAAAGCAAUUGAUUGGCUAAUUUCAUACAGUUGUUUACAACAUACUGAACUUUGUGUAUGGCUAAAUAUAGCACUGAACCUUGGGAACAGAUUCCAGCAGCACAAAUUUAAACAUUACAUGAAUUUAGAUGCAAAUUUUCAUUUGAAGUAUUUUUUUUUUAAUGUUAUUUCAGUCUGGGAAAAUAUAUAUAUGUGGUGAUAUAUAUGAGGUGAGCAAGCAAUUUUGAAGGAGUCAUUGCUUGAGGGAAUGAGAGUGGUGUGCAGAGAAAAAAAUAGAUUUACAUUACAAUUUUCUGUAAGUUGUAUUGAUUGUGACAUCACUCACAAAUUCAUUCUUAUCAUCCAUGACUUGCACAGGGAGAAUGGACGGAACAGUACAUUUUUUUUUUUAACAGGAUCACAAAUCAUAUAAAUGUUGCUUUACUAACCUUGAAUUUGUUUCCGAAACUAGAUCAUGGAAAACAAAUCAACUUUUUUUUUUUAACUCAAAGCUGCAUAUUUGGGGGAAAUAGUCUAAUCUCGGAAAUGUGAUUGUGUUUUUGUGCAAGAUAAAAACCUGAUCACUUUAAAAAUUCCCAUUUUUCCAUUCACUUUUUACAAUGAAUGACUUCUAUAGAAACUAACCAGAUUAAAUGUAUGUUUGGAAAACACAAAUUAGAAAAUAUUUGUGGUUGCAGGAUUUUCCUUGAAUCACCAAUUCCUGGCAUAUAAUUUCCAUAUUGUUCUAUAAUACAAAACUGAUAUUUUCUGGCAUGAAGACUUUAUGAAGACCUGCCAUGACCUUAAAGCACUCACCUACAAGUAUUUACUGCUGGAGCUUUUACUGCUUACUUACUGUGCAAAAUAUACAGUUGCUCACUGAUUUUUUUCCAGAAAUCAUAAUUUAUCCAUUCAACAGCCAAAUCUUCUUUUGUUAGCUGCUUUGUCAAAAUGUGAUCCACCCGUUAAAGAUCAACCACUGCUGUGAAUAAUCUCUAACUGGAAAUUGUUUGGUAUCUUACAGAAGGGUUAUCUUAACAUCAAUAUGUGACAUUCCCUUGUAAAGAUGGGAACACAACAGGUAAGGUUGGGCAGACUUGGAAAAAUCUUGCCAUGUCUUUAAAGGGAUCCUGUCAUCGGAAAACAUGUUUUUUUCAAAACGCA